CCAUUGCACACCCUUUAUUGAUUACAUAAACAAUAAAAUUACAAGGAAAAUUUAAUCAAUGGGAAGACAGAACCGGAGUACAAAUGCGGCAUCUCAAGGUAAACAACACUUCAGCCAUCCCCAUAUUUUGAAACUUGUGAAUCCAGCUGAUCAAGCUAAAACACUCACUUGCAAUGCCUGUGAACAACCUGAUAACAAUAGUAAUAGGCCUUUCUACGGUUGCAACAGUUGUCAAUAUUUCCUUCACGAAAACUGCUUCAAUGCUCCGCGUUUUCUUGUUCAUUCAUCUCAUCCUUCCCACCCUUUAACCCUUCUCCAAAUUCCGACUUACUCGAGUCGUUCCUAUACAUGCAAGGCUUGUGGCUCUGCUGGAAAUGGGUUUUGCUUUAGUUGUGCUUGUUGUGAAUUUGAUAUUCACUUGCAAUGUGCGUCUUGUCCUAGCUCCAUUCUUGUUGAUAAACAUCCGCAUCAAUUGGGGCUGCACUUCGGUUCUCCUUACGAAGAUAAGAGUGUCGAAUAUGUUUGUGACAUGUGCACUGUAAUAAUGAACAGGGACGAGUGGCUGUACUAUUGUGCUGGCUGUGAUUUCGGGUCACACUUAAAGUGUGCAAUAAGUAGUCCUGAAGUCGGUGUUUUUCCAAAACAACAAUGUCCAAUUCCAAAUCCCAGCCCAAGUCGAAAUCCAAAUGCAACAUUGGAGAUGAUAAAUGCAGCAAAUGAAGCUCAUGAACAGAUUCUUGCAGCUCAAAUUGGUGCUCAGAUUGCGGCACGAGGAAGAGAGGCUUGUCUGGACUUGGUCGGGCCACCGCGAAGAUACAGUUACUAUUAACUGAAUCGUGAUUUACAAAAAAGUGUUAAAUUUCACCUUGUGCCUUAUAUUGUGAUGUUCGUGUUUAAUUGCAAAUAAAUGCUUUUGGUGUGUUA